AUGCAACCACCAGGAAGUUACGUGCAUGUGAAAGUGGAGCAUGAGCUUUUCACUGUUGAGAAGAACAUGCUGAUUGAAAGCAGCGACUACUUCAGGGCUCUCUUUGAGUCCGGCAUGCGGGAGUGCACACAGGAGGAGAUCCAGCUACAAGGGUUACCAGCCCGUGGCUUUGAUGUCAUGCUGAAGGUCCUGAAAGAGGAUCAACCUAUCCUGGACAAUGAGGAAAUCCUUGAUGCCAUUGAGUGUGCAGCCUUUCUACUAGUGAAGCCUCUGACAAAGCAUCUUAUUCAUAUCAUCAGUUCAAACAACUGCAUUCUAAUGCUCCAGGCUGCAUCCACAUAUGGGGUGUUUGACUUGGUUCAUGCUUCAGCUCAGUUUAUUAGGGAUGUUUAUGUUAACAUAAGGGAAGAUUUGAGCUUUUUGCCUGAAGAUCAGUUAGAUUAUAUUGAAUCCAUCUCUCCCAGUACAUUUGUGGCCAUGGCCACUCACUCCCCUUCUGUCGGCUACUUGGAUGAUAUUUCUAGAACCAUUUGUUAUUUGGAUGAGGCAGAAAAUCAUUGGACAACCUUGACUUCUUUACCAGACAAAGCCAGCACUUCUCUCGCAGGCAUUACUGUGCUGGACAACAAUAUCUAUAUAGUCGGAGGGGUUGAUGGACUGAGCAAGCAGAUAGUAAAGUCUAGCUUUUGUUACAAUACUGAAAGAAAUAGCUGGAGUGAAUUUUCAAGUCUUCAGCACCUUCGUUACAACCUAACAUUGACAGGACAAGAUGGUUGUCUCCUUGCCAUGGGAGGAAUGUGCAAGAAUACAGUUCUUGCAACUGUGGAAAAGUUCCACGUGGCAUCCAACACAUGGUCCUUCGCUGCACAUCUGCCUAGGCCUGGAGCGGGCAUAGCAUGUGCACGCACAAUGGGCAGGAUCUUCGUAUGCCUUUGGUUACCAUUGGACACCACCGAUGUCUAUGAGUACAGGACCCAUAAAGAUGAAUGGCUGCUUGUAACCACUCUAAAACGCCAACAAAGCUAUGGUCAUUGUAUGGUUGCACAUCAGGACAAUCUGUAUGUCAUGAGAAAUGGACCAGCAGAUGACUUCUUGAGGUGUAUGAUUGAUUGCUUCAACCUCACUAAGCAACAAUGGACUGCUUUGGCUGGUCAGUAUGUGAACAGCAAAGGGGCACUUUUUACAGCAGCCAUCAGAGGGGAUACAGUUUUUACAGUCAACAGAAUGUUAACUUUGAUUUAUAAUAUACAGGAAGAUAAAUGGAAGCCAGCAAAGGAAGAAGCUGGAUUUCCUCGAAGUGGAUCUAUGCACACCUUCUUACUUAGGCUGCCAAAGAACAGACUGACCACUCUACACCAAAACUAAGGUUGGGAAUUGAUUUAUAAUGCUCCCCAUGUACCUUUAAUUCUAGAAACUGAUACACAGAUAAGGUAGGAGUGGGGAAAGGGCACUCUGCUAAAAAAAAAA